AUGUCCUUUCUUCAUUUUGUGUUUACACUGGUUACAGGUGAGCGUAUAGCAGUGGAAUAUUUAUUGGCCCAGACCAACAGAGGUGACCUGCUGGCUCCAUCACAGGUCUCCGAAAUCCCCUCGCAGGUGCUUGAGGAGGAGGAGGAUGAACCAGAUGACACCAUCAGCAUGCCUGACAUUGUCUGCCAUUCAGCUGAGAUAGGGGCUGGUGAUCCUCCAAGUGCUGUGGAGGGUGACACUGAACCCGGACCCCUCAUCACAGAGCAUUGCUCACAUAUUACCAUGCCUGAUAUUGUCUGCCAGUCAGCUGAGAUAGGGGCUGGUGAUCCUCCAAGUGCUGUGGAGGGUGACACUGAACCCGGACCCCUCAUCACAGAGACCAGCCAAUGUGACUCGAGGGGCGUUGUGGGAUGGGAGGCAGUUGAUGCCCUUGCAGCCUACCUAGUUGACUUGAAUCGCACCAUCACCGCCUUGUCAGCCAAGGAGGCGGCGUACAUAGUCAACCUGUACACAGCUCUCCAUGCCAUGGACAAAAAACCUUUAAGGUACACCCAGAAGGCUAAGAAAAAAGCACAUGCAUCAGGAGGACCAUGGAGAGCACCCAGGAAGCCGAGUGGCUCUGCUCCUGGACAGCAGGCGGCAGAGAGACUAUACAUGAUUCACGGCCAAGCAGCCCAGGACCCCGGAAUACAUAGGGUCAGUGACUGUGUUUGCCUCAGACUUGCAAAAGAGUUUGAGCAGUCAUGCAACAGGCCAAAGGACGCAAAGGGGAAAACCAUGCCCAUCCCUCAGUCCAUUGUCAGCUGAGUCUGGUGCCGGUUAACAACACCACAGUAUCUUCAUGGCUGCUUAGGAGGGAUAAGAGGAAGGACAGGAACAUGCAGCUGCAAGGCACUGCACUUCCCAAACAGCUGUACCUGGCCAAGGAGCCUCUUCCUGCAGUGAACACACUUCCAGCUGCCCCUG